UGAAAUGGCGGUCGGCGAGGCGAGCGCGAGCACCGCGGCUGUGGCCAAUCCCGCCUAGCCGCCAAAACGGCCCUAAACACUGGCGCCCCCCUCCCGCCAGGCCCUCCGAGUCCAUCCAUGACAUCGGCGCUCUGCCACCCCCCCCACCGCUGCCCCUCACCCAGGUGGCCGUGCCCACCGGCCGAGUUAUCGAUCCCCGGCGCCCGGCGCGAGUCCAGCUUUCUGGCGGCCUCCUCCCUCGCUGUGUGCCCAGGGGCGGAAAAAAACACCUUUUCGGCCCCCGCUAGGGCGUCCCGCUCCGGCGCCCGCCCCGCUCCCUUCCUUUCCCGCCGCGUCCCCUCCCCCAACUACUCACAGCCCUCCCUUCACCACACACACACACACACACAAAACCCCCUUCUCCCCUCCCCCAGUGGUUGCGUCCGUGACAUCAUCAUCAUGGCAACAAGAGCUGCAGCCUGGGACCGAGGAACCCGUGUGAUUCCCGGCGGCGGCGGCGGCGGCAGUGGCGGCAGCACGAGCACAAGCACUAGCAUCGACGAGAGCGCGAGGGCUUCUCUCCUGUCGCCCCUCGCCCGCUGCUCUUGAGGAGACGGCGGCAGCAGUGCCCACACCGCCCCGCCUGCCGCCUCUGCCCGCGGUGUCUGAGUGUGAGGGGAGGGGGCCGUGCCGCGGAGGGGAGGGGGCGCCGCCGCCGCCGCUGCUGCUGUGGGGCCGCCGCUGCUGCUGUGGGGCCGCCGCUGCGGAAGGAGCUGCCGCUGCUGCUGCUGCUGCGGCUGCCAGGUUGCUAGUGAAGAGGAGGCUGUGGCGGCGGCGGCGAACAUGUUUUCAGUGAGGAUAGUGACUGCCGACUACUAUAUGGCCAGACCGCUCCAGGGGCUGGAUAUCUGCCAAUCCCCCCUCACCCAGGCCCCUGUCAAGAAGGUGCCGGUGGUGCGAAUCUUCGGAGCGACCCCGGCAGGUCAGAAGACAUGUCUUCAUCUACAUGGCAUCUUUCCUUACCUCUAUGUGCCAUACGAUGGUUAUGGACAGCAGCCAGAAAGCUAUCUUUCUCAGAUGGCAUUCAGUAUCGACAGAGCACUUAAUGUGGCUUUAGGCAAUCCAUCUUCCACUGCUCAGCACGUGUUCAAAGUGUCAUUAGUAUCAGGAAUGCCUUUUUAUGGUUAUCAUGAGAAGGAAAGACACUUUAUGAAGAUCUAUCUUUACAAUCCUGCAAUGGUGAAAAGGAUAUGUGAACUUUUGCAAAGUGGAGCCAUAAUGAAUAAAUUUUAUCAGCCUCAUGAAGCGCAUAUUCCCUACCUCCUACAGCUCUUCAUUGACUACAAUCUGUAUGGAAUGAAUUUAAUAAAUCUGGCUGCUGUCAAGUUCCGAAAAGCAAGAAGGAAAAGCAGUCCAUUGCGUGCGACUGGAUAUUGCAAGGAUCGGUUACCAGGAAAAAAUUCUCUUACUGGUACUUUAUUUCGGUGGGAAGAAGAUGAAAUACCAAGCUCUUUAAUACUGGAAGGUGUUGAACCACAGAGUACAUGUGAAUUAGAAGUGGAUGCUGUAGCCGCUGAUAUCUUAAAUCGUUUGGACAUUGAAGCUCAAAUUGGUGGAAACCCUGGUCUACAGGCCAUAUGGGAAGAUGAAAAGCAACGGCGAAGAAACAGAAAUGAAACUUCUCAAAUUAGCCAACCCGAAUCACAAGAUCGCAGGUUUAUGCCAGCAACAGAAAGUGAAAAAAAAUUUCAGAAGAGACUUCAGGAAAUUCUCAAACAGAACGAUUUCUCUGUCAGAACAUUAUCAAGAUCUGUGGACUACAGCGAUGGAUCCCAGGAGUUCUCUGCUGAGUUAACAUUGCACUCUGAGGUUCUGUCUCCUGAAAUUCUUCAGUGUACACCGGCUAAUAUGGUGGAAGUCCACAAAGACACAGAGUUGAGCAAAGGUCAUACUAGACACAAAGUGGAGGAAGCUCUUAUUAAUGAAGAAGCAAUUUUGAACCUCAUGGAAAAUAGUCAGACUUUUCAGCCUUUGACCCAAAGACUGAGUGAGUCACCAGUCUUCUUGGACAGUAGUCCUGAUGAGACUGUGGUACAUCUUCUUGCUGGUUUGGAAAAUGACGGAUAUCAGGGGGAAAGAAAUAGGAUGCCACCACCAUGUCGUUCCUUUGGAAACAAUAAAAAUCCUCAAAAUAGUGAUGAUGAAGAAAAUGAACCACAGAUUGAAAAAGAAGAGAUGGAGCUUAGUUUGGUGAUGUCUCAGAGAUGGGACAGCAAUAUUGAAGAACAUUGUGCCAAAAAGAGAUCACUGUGCAGAAAUACCCACAGAAGCUCAACAGAAGAAGAUGAUUCAUCUUCAGAAGAAGAAAUGGAAUGGAGUAAUAAUAGCUUGCUUCUAGCCAAUCUUUCUAUACCUCAGUUAGAUGGAACUGCAGAUGAAAAUAGUGACAAUCCACUGAACAAUGAAAAUUCUAGAACCCACUCUUCUGUGAUUGCAACAAGCAAGCUAUCAGUAAAACCCUCCAUCUUUCACAAAGAUGCUGCUACAUUAGAACCCCCAUCUUCUGCUAAGAUUACUUUUCAGUGUAAACACACAAGUGCCCUUUCUUCCCAUGUUUUGAACAAGGAAGAUUUAAUUGAAGACCUUUCACAGCCAAACAACAUAGAAAAAAAUCUAGACCAUUCAGUUGCUUCUUUUACAAAUGAAAGUGCUUACUCUAUGAAAUACUCUGGAUCUUUAAGCAGUACCACCCAUUCAGAAAACUCUCAUAAAGAAAGUAGUAAGAAAGAUGUCCUCCCAGUAUCUUCCUGUGAAAGUAGUAUUUUUGAUUAUGAAGAAGAUAUUCCAUCUGUUACAAGACAAGUACCAAGUAGAAAGUAUACAAACAUUAGAAAAAUUGAUAAGGAUGCCCCUUUUAUACAUAUGAACCGUCACACUAACGAAAAUACAUUGGGCAAAAAUUCUUUCAACUUUUCUGACUUAAGUCAUUCAAAAAGUAAAUUAUCCUCUGAAGGAAAUGAAAAAGGAAACAGCACAGCUCUGAGUAAUUUGUUCCCAUCAUCAUUGACUGAAAAUUGUGAAUUGCUAUCAUGCUCAGGGGAGAAUAGAACUAUGGUGCAUUCCCUUGACAGCAUUGCUGAUGAAAGUGGACUAAAUAAACUUAAAAUCAGAUAUGAAGAGUUUCAAGAACAUAAAACAGAAAAACCAAGCCUCAGCCAGCAAGCAGCACACUAUAUGUUUUUUCCCAGUGUUGUUCUUUCUAAUUGUCUCAGUAGGCCACAAAAGCUCUCUCCUGUCACAUAUAAACUGCAACCUAGCAAUAAACAGUCUCGGUUAAAAAUGAAUAAAAAGAAGCUGAUAGGUCAUCAGGAGACUUCUACCAAAACUACUGAGACUGGAUCCACAAAAGAUAAUUGUAUACAAAAUAAUCCUUGUAAUAGUAAUCCUGAGAAGGAUAAUGUAUUGACCAGUGAUUUAAUUAAGGUCACUCGUGGAGCUUUUGAAAAUAAAACAUCUACAGAUAGUUUUGUAGACUGUCACUUUGGAGAUGGAACUUUAGAAACUGAGCAGUCCUUUGGAUUGUAUGGAAAUAAAUACACGCUUAGAGCCAAACGCAAGGUAAAUUAUGAGACUGAAGAUAGUGAGUCAAGUUUUGUAACACAGAACUCAAAAAUUAGCCUACCUCAUCCCAUGGAAAUUAGUGAAAGUUUAGAUGGAACUCUCAAAUCUCGAAAACGCAGAAAAAUGUCUAAAAAGCUGCCCCCUGUCAUCAUAAAGUAUAUCAUUAUUAAUAGAUUUAGAGGGAGAAAAAAUAUGCUUGUGAAGCUAGGAAAAAUAGACUCUAAAGAAAAACAAGUAAUACUAACAGAGGAAAAAAUGGAACUAUAUAAAAAGCUUGCACCUUUGAAAGAUUUUUGGCCAAAAGUUCCUGACUCCCCUGCAACCAAAUAUCCCAUUUAUCCACUAACGCCAAAGAAAAGUCACAGAAGGAAAUCAAAACAUAAAUCUGCUAAGAAAAAAACUGGUAAGCAACAAAGGACAAAUAGUGAAAAUAUUAAAAGAACUUUGUCUUUCAGGAAAAAACGGUCACAUGCUAUCCUUUCUCCUCCCUCGCCAUCUUACAUUGCUGAAACCGAAGACUGUGACUUAAAUUAUAGUGAUGUUAUGUCUAAACUAGGUUUUCUUUCUGAGAGAAGCACAAGUCCUAUAAACUCUUCUCCACCUCGCUGCUGGUCUCCCACAGAUCCAAGAGCUGAAGAAAUCAUGGCUGCUACUGAUAAAGAAACAGUGCUUUUUAAGGGUCCUAAUGCAUACAAUAGCAAGACUGUUCACUCCCGUGUAGGAAAAAAUAGUCGAGCAAAAGCGCAGGUUAAGAAAUCAAGAACAAAGCUUGUUAAUCCUUCUGUAGUUACUAAGAAAAGGAACAAACGAAAUCAGACAAAUAAACUAGCAGAUGAUGGAAAAAAGAAACCAAGAGCAAAACAGAAACAAAAAACAAAUGAGAAAGGUACAUCAAGAAAGCACAUAACAUUAAAAGAUGAAAAACUAAAAUCUCAGGCUGAUGCUGAAGUUAAGUUUGUGCUGAAGCAUCAGAAUGUGUCUGAGACCUCAAAUAGUUCUGGAGGUUCUCAGCUACUUUUUAAACAGAAAGGUGCAUCACUAAUGGGCUCUGCUAUGGAUCAUCCCCUUUCUGCUUCCCUCCCCACUGGAAUUCAUGCACAACAGAAUUUAUCUGGCUGCUUUUCUUCUUUUCUAGAAAGCAAGAAGCCUGUAGAUUUGCAAACAUUCCCCAGUUCACGAGAUGAUUUGCAUUCAUCAGUCGUUUGUAGUUCUUUAGGACCUGGGAUCUCAAAAAUUAAUGUUCAGCGGUCUCAUAAUCAAAAUGCUAUGUUUACUCUAAAGGAAUCCACCUUGAUUCAAAAAAAUGUAUUUGACCUUUCAAACCAUUUGUCUCAGGUAGCACAGAAUACACAAAUGUCUUCUGGUAUAUUGUCUCCAAAGACAGAAGAGAACGCAAAUAUACAAAAAAACUAUUUGUCGUCUAUUGGAAAGUUAAAUGAAUACCGUAAUUCCCUAGAAUCAAAGCCAGACCAGACAUAUGCGCCUAAUUUUUUGCAUUGCAAAGACAGUCAGCAGCAGAUUGUGUGCAUGGCAGAACAAUCAAAGCACAGUGAAACUUGUUCUCCGGGAAAUGCAGCUUCAGAGGAAAGUCAGAUGCCUAAUAAUUGCUUUGUAACUUCCUUAAGAAGCCCAAUCAAACAAAUAGCUUGGGAGCAAAAACAAAGGGGUUUUAUUUUAGAUAUGUCAAAUUUUAAACCUGAAAGGGUAAAACAAAGGUCAUUGUCAGAAGCAAUUUCACAAACCAAAGCACUUUCUCAGUGUAGAAAUCAAAACAUGUCAACACCUUCAGCAUUUGGUGAAGGACAGUCUGGACUGGCAGUUCUAAAAGAAUUGUUACAGAAAAGACAGCAGAAAGCACAAAAUGCGACUAGUAUGCAAGACCCAUUAUCUAAUAAACAGCAACCAAACAAAACUGUUUCUGGUUCCCUUGAGCAUAACAGAACAAUUAAACGAACACGAUCAGUAACAUCUCCAAGAAAACCUCGAACUCCCAGAAGUACAAAACCUAAAGAAAAAAUUCCCAAACUUCUUAAAGUAGACUCUGUAAAUUUACAAAACUCUAGCCAGUUGGAUAACUCCCUGUCAGAUGAUAGUCCUAUCUUUUUUUCAGACCCAGGUUUUGAAAGUUGUUAUUCACUUGAAGAUAGCUUGUCUCCUGAACAUAACUAUAAUUUUGAUAUUAAUACAAUAGGUCAAACUGGAUUCUGUAGCUUUUAUUCUGGAAGUCAGUUUGUCCCAGCUGACCAGAAUUUGCCUCAGAAGUUCCUAAGUGAUGCAGUUCAGGAUCUUUUCCCCGGACAAACUAUAGAAAAAACUGAAUUUUUAAGUCAUGAGAACCAGAAAUGUGAUGAAGACAAACAUCAUGCCUCAGACUCAACUUCAUGGAUUAGAUCUGGUACUCUAAGUCCUGAACUAUUUGAGAAAUCAUCCAUAGAGAGCAAUGAGAAUCGUCGCCACAACCAGUGGAAGAAUAGCUUUCAUCCUCUGACAACUCGGUCUAAUUCGAUAAUGGAUUCUUUCUGUGUCCAGCAGUCAGAGGACUGUCUAUGUGAAAAAUCCAGAUUGAACAGGAGUUCAGUAAGCAAAGAAGUGUUUCUUAGCCUCUCACAGCCAAGCAGUUCAGAUUGGAUUCAAGGUCAUACCAGAAAAGAAGUGGGACAGCCUCUUGACGCAGUCAAUACCUCUUUUACUGCAAUACUAUCUUCCCCUGAUGGUGAACUUGUAGAUGCAGCCUCUGAAGAUUUAGAAUUGUAUGUUUCAAGAAACAAUGAUAUGUUGACACCAACUCCUGAUAGUUCACCAAGGUCUACUAGCUCUCCCUCGCAGUCUAAAAAUGGUAGUUUCAUCCUUCGAACUGCUCACAUUCUGAAACCACUUAUGUCCCCACCAAGUAGGGAAGAGAUUAUGGCAACUUUGUUGGAUCAUGACCUUUCAGAAACUAUUUACCAGGAACCAUUUUGCAGUAAUCCUUCUGAUGUACCAGAAAAGCCCAGGGAGAUCGGUGGACGGCUUCUCAUGGUAGAAACUCGACUUCCAAAUGAUCUGGCUGAGUUUGAGGGAGACUUUUCCUUGGAAGGACUUCGUCUGUGGAAAACAGCAUUCUCAGCAAUGACUCAAAAUCCAAGACCAGGGUCACCUCUUCGCAGUGGCCAAGCAGUUGUCAAUAAAGGGUUAAGUAAUAGCCAUAAAAUGGUUGGAGAUAAAAAAAUUGUGAUUAUGCCUUGCAAAUGUGCCCCAAGUCGACAACUGGUUCAAACAUGGCUCCAAGCCAAAGAAGAAUAUGAACGUUCCAAGAAACUGUCUAAAACAGAGCCAACUGGAGUUGUAAAAUCUGCUGAGAACUUCAGCUCUUCAGUUAAUCCAGAUGACAAACCUGUAGUGCCUCCAAAAAUGGAUACAACUCCACAUACACUCCUCACUACAGCACAUACCAAGGAAGAUGUUGAUAAUUCUCAGAUUGCUUUACAAGCGCCAACCACAGGAUGCAGUCAAACUGCAAGUGAAAGUCAGACGCUGCCACCAGUUGCUUCUGCAAAUGAUGCUGAGAAAGAUGAGGAGGAGGAGGAGGAUGACUGUUAUGUUAGUUAUAGCUCACCUGAUUCUCCAGUAAUUCCACCUUGGCAACAGACAACAUCCCCAGAUUCUAAAACAUUAAACGGAGAUCACAGAGCUUCAUCACCAGUAGAGGAACAGCAUUCCCUGACUAUUGAGAACUUACUAAAACCCAUAAAAGAUGGUAUACAGAAAAGUCCCUGCAGUGAGUCUCAGGAACCUCUAGUGAUAUCUCCAAUUAAUGUUAGGACAAGAACUGGAAUAUGUGAAUCGCUUUGCCUUCAUAGUACACCAAUCAUACAGAGAAAACUUCUGGAAGGACUUCCUGAGGCAACUGGCCUUAGCCCUUUGUCAGCAGAACCAAAAACCCAGAAAUUGAGUCAUAAGAAAGGAAGUAAUACUGAUGCUUUUAGAAGAGUACUCUUAACACAGGCAAAGAAUCAAUUUGCAGCAGUAAAUACCCCAAAGAAAGAAACUUCUGAGAUUGAUGGACCAUCUUUAAGCAAUACUUAUGGUUUCAAAGUCAGCGUACAAAAUUUACAGGAGGCAAAAGCUUUACAUGAGAUACAGAAUCUUACCCUAAUCAGUGUGGAAUUGCAUGCUCGAACUAGACGAGACUUAGAACCAGAUCCUGAAUUUGACCCAAUCUGUGCUCUGUUCUACUGCAUCUCAUCUGACACUCCACUACCAGAUACAGACAAAACAGAACUUACAGGUGUAAUAGUGAUUGAUAAAGACAAGACAGUCUCUAGUCAAGAUGUCAGAUCUCAGACCCCAUUACUCAUUAGGUCUGGAAUUACAGGACUAGAAGUUACCUAUGCUGCUGAUGAAAAGGCACUUUUUCAAGAAGUUGCAGAUAUAAUAAAGAGGUAUGACCCUGAUAUUCUGCUAGGAUAUGAGAUUCAGAUGCAUUCCUGGGGUUACCUCUUACAAAGGGCUGCUGCCCUAAGUGUUGACUUAUGCCAGAUGAUCUCUCGGGUACCAGAUGACAAAACUGAGAACAGAUUUACAGCAGAAAGGGAUGACUAUGGAUCAGAUACAAUGAGUGAGAUAAAUAUCGUUGGCCGAAUUACACUAAAUCUUUGGAGAAUCAUGAGAAAUGAGGUGGCUCUGACUAACUACACCUUUGAAAAUGUGAGCUUUCAUGUUCUUCAUCAGCGUUUUCCCCUCUUUACCUUUCGAGUCUUAUCAGAUUGGUUUGAUAACAAGACAGAUCUAUACAGAUGGAAAAUGGUUGAUCAUUACAUUAGCCGUGUCCGUGGAAAUCUCCAAAUGUUAGAACAGCUGGACCUGAUUGGGAAAACCAGUGAAAUGGCUAGACUUUUUGGCAUUCAGUUUUUACAUGUACUGACAAGGGGUUCACAGUACCGUGUGGAAUCAAUGAUGUUGCGUAUUGCAAAACCAAUGAACUAUAUUCCUGUGACACCUAGUGUACAGCAGAGAUCCCAGAUGAGAGCUCCACAGUGUGUUCCCCUAAUUAUGGAGCCUGAAUCUCGCUUCUAUAGCAACUCUGUUCUCGUUUUGGAUUUCCAGUCACUGUAUCCUUCUAUUGUAAUUGCGUACAACUACUGUUUUUCCACCUGCCUUGGCCAUGUGGAAAACUUGGGAAAGUAUGAUGAGUUCAAAUUUGGCUGUACCUCUCUGAGAGUACCUCCUGAUUUACUUUACCAAAUUAGGCAUGAUAUCACAGUGUCCCCCAAUGGAAUAGCUUUUGUCAAGCCAUCAGUAAGAAAGGGUGUGCUACCAAGAAUGCUCGAAGAAAUUUUGAAGACUAGACUCAUGGUGAAGCAGUCAAUGAAGGCUUACAAGCAGGACAGAGCCCUUUCACGAAUGCUCGAUGCACGUCAACUAGGACUUAAGCUUAUAGCAAAUGUCACAUUUGGCUAUACAGCUGCUAACUUUUCUGGGAGAAUGCCAUGCAUUGAGGUUGGCGAUAGUAUUGUUCACAAAGCCAGAGAGACCUUGGAACGAGCUAUUAAACUGGUGAAUGAUACCAAGAAGUGGGGUGCUAGGGUUGUAUAUGGUGAUACUGACAGUAUGUUUGUGCUACUGAAGGGAGCCACUAAGGAGCAGUCUUUUAAGAUUGGUCAGGAAAUUGCUGAAGCUGUAACUGCUACCAAUCCUAAACCAGUGAAAUUGAAGUUUGAAAAGGUUUACUUGCCGUGUGUCUUACAAACAAAAAAGAGAUAUGUGGGUUAUAUGUAUGAAACACUGGAUCAAAAGGACCCAGUAUUUGAUGCAAAAGGAAUAGAAACAGUCAGAAGAGACUCCUGCCCUGCUGUUUCUAAGAUACUUGAGCGUUCUCUAAAGCUGCUAUUUGAAACAAGAGACAUAAGUUUAAUUAAACAGUAUGUUCAGCGACAGUGUAUGAAGCUUCUGGAAGGAAAGGCCAGCAUACAAGAUUUUAUCUUUGCCAAGGAAUACAGAGGAAGUUCCUCUUAUAAGCCUGGAGCUUGUGUACCAGCCCUGGAACUUACAAGGAAAAUGCUUACUUAUGAUCGGCGCUCUGAGCCUCGAGUUGGGGAGCGAGUGCCAUACGUCAUCAUUUAUGGGACCCCUGGAGUACCACUUAUCCAGCUGGUAAGGCGGCCAGUGGAAGUCCUGCAGGACCCAACUCUGAGACUGAAUGCCACUUACUAUAUCACCAAGCAAAUCCUUCCACCCCUGGCAAGAAUCUUCUCACUUAUCGGAAUCGAUGUCUUCAGCUGGUAUCAUGAAUUACCAAGGAACCAGAAAGCCACCAGCUCCUCUCGAAGUGAAGCUGAAGGGCGGAAAGGCACUAUUUCACAGUAUUUCACUACCUUACGCUGUCCUGUGUGUGAUGACCUGACUCAGCACGGUGUCUGCAGUAAAUGUCGGAGCCAACCUCAGCAUGUUGCAGUCAUCCUCAACCAAGAAAUUCGAGAGUUGGAACGGAAACAGGAGCAACUUGGAAAGAUAUGCAAGAACUGUGCAGGUUGCUUUGAUCGACAUAUCCCGUGUGUUUCUCUGAACUGCCCAGUACUUUACAAACUCUCCCGAGUAAAUAGAGAAUUAUCCAAGGCACCAUAUCUCCGGCAAUUACUAGACCAGUUUUAAAUUGUCAAUAUCAGAGAAUUCCAGGUGCUAUUUUUUUCAGUGUUUACCACUAAACUGUUGUGCAUGGUGCUUUUUCAACUUUCAUCGAGUCAAGUAUGUUCACUGUCUGUCUGUUACCUGAAGACUAUGAAGACUCUUACGCUGACUGAAUUAAAAAUUGUACUCGUUAAUCUCUGAAUAGCUCACUUCUUACAAUGUACAAAUUCCUCAUCCUUUCACCUUUUUAACAUUGUUUUAUAAUGCAGGUGUUAAAUUUGCUCCAGUAUGUGUAACAUCUUGUAAAUCCAUUUGAGUAGAUCAUAUUUACUUCCCUGUGGAAGGAGCACUGAAAACCUCUUUUUAAAAAAACCAUUCGUGUUUUCCUUGAACUGUCUGUAUCAAGACGUGUUACUUAGAGAUAUCCAUUCACUUUAUAAUUUUGAUUGCGAAAUAUUUUGUAAAUACACUUUUUUACUUUUCAAACAACUGAGUAAAAAUAAUGUGCAAUGAAUUUUAUACAAAUGAUUUUCAAGUUGUUUGGUAUAUUUCCUCUAGGUUUUGCUUGACUCAGAGUAGAGUUGUUAUUUUGAUCAAACUGUGCAAACAAUAGUACCACGUGUAGCAUUUUGAAACAUUAUUUUCUAAAACCGCUGUCUUGCUUUAGCUAUUAAUGGGGCAUUGUGAGGAACUGUGCAAAGACAUUUUUGUUACAAACCUGUGGGCCUGUUGCAAUACUUUAAAAAUAAAAAAUUUUAUUCCAUUUUUGCUUGUUUUGUAUAGACAUUUCUAUUGCUUCUAAAUAUGCUUAAAAUAUUUUCUUUCCUUAUGUACAGUUAAUCUUAUUUGCCAUCAUCUUGAACACAAAAUGUGUAUUUAGAAUAUUUGUAUAACUGUAUAAAAUAAAAGGAAUUAUGUGGUCAGUGCAUUGUUUUCUAAACUGGAAAUCAUUUUGUUUUAAAAGUUAAUAACGGAAACCAUAUUAAAAUUGAAUAAAAUAUGAAAUAUGGCA